UAAAUUAAUGGUGAAUCAUAUCAAAAUAAUGAAAAAGUAAAUAAAAUUUGUAAUUAACUUCUAUAUGUAUUACACACACACAAAUAAUAAAUAAUAGUAAAAAAAAAUUAUGAUAAAUAUUUACCAUCUCAUAAAGAUAUUUAAAAUAAUGAUAAAAAUAUAGAUUAUUUUUUAUGCAACUAGCUAGCCAAAAAGAGAACACGGGUAUAUAUAAAAAGAGUACCUUUAAAUUCUACUGUACUUCCUUUAUUCCUGAAGUUUUUAUAUCAAGUGGACAUACGUGAAGAUUUUAAUUAUCAGUCUAAAUAUUUCAUUAGCACUUAAUACUUUUCUGUUUUAUUCCUAUCCUAUAAGUAGUCCCGAUUCUCCCAACAUUGCUUAUUCACACAACUAACUAAGAAAGUCUUCCAUAGCCCCCCAAAAAUGAAGAGCACCAUCUUCUUUGCUCUCUUUCUCUUUUGUGCCUUCACCACCUCAUACCUACCUUCAGCCAUCGCUGAUUUCGUGCUCGAUAAUGAAGGUAACCCUCUUGAAAAUGGUGGCACAUAUUAUAUCUUGUCAGACAUAACAGCAUUUGGUGGAAUAAGAGCAGCCCCAACGGGAAAUGAAAGAUGCCCUCUCACUGUGGUGCAAUCUCGCAAUGAGCUCGACAAAGGGAUUGGAACAAUCAUCUCGUCCCCAUAUCGAAUCCGUUUUAUCGCCGAAGGCCAUCCUUUGAGCCUUAAGUUCGAUUCAUUUGCAGUUAUAAUGCUGUGUGUUGGAAUUCCUACCGAGUGGUCUGUUGUGGAGGAUCUACCAGAAGGACCUGCUGUUAAAAUUGGUGAGAACAAAGAUGCAAUGGAUGGUUGGUUUAGACUUGAGAGAGUUUCUGAUGAUGAAUUCAAUAACUAUAAGCUUGUGUUCUGUCCACAGCAAGCUGAGGAUGACAAAUGUGGGGAUAUUGGGAUUAGUAUUGAUCAUGAUGAUGGAACCAGGCGUUUGGUGGUGUCUAAGAACAAACCGUUAGUGGUUCAGUUUCAAAAACUUGAUAAAGAAUCACUGGCCAAGAAAAAUCAUGGCCUUUCUCGCAGUGAGUGAGACACAAGUGUGAGAGUACUAAAUAAAUGCUUUGGUUGUACGAAAUCAUUACACUAAAUAAAAUAAUCAAAGCUUAUAUAUGCCUUCCGCUAAGGCCGAAUGCAAAGAAAUUGGUUCUUUCUCGU